AUGGCGCAGCCCGUGCUGACGGCCGCGGCCCUCGAGGAGAUCAGCGCGGCCAUCGCGCGGCCCGUGGGCAGCAAGGCGCACUGCGCGUCCGAGUUCCUGAAGAAGGAGGGCCUGCCGCCGGGCCUCGUGGAGGAGAUGGACGGCCUCACGGACGAGACGCCGAUGCGGUUCUGGAUCAUCGACAACAGCGACAGCAUGCGGAAGAAGGACGGCCAGCACCUCGAGGUCGCCGAGGACGGGUCCAUCUCCUCGACGCCCUGCAGCCGCUGGGCCGAGCUCGCGGACACGCUGCGCUGGCACGGCGCGGUCGCCGAGGAGCUCCAGGCGUGGACGCAGUUCCGGCUGCUCAACGCGGCCAUGGGCUGCCAGCAGAACAUCACGGUGGGCGCGAAGAAGGGCGUGGGGCUCGGGAGCCUGGAGAAGCUCAUCGGCAGCGAGCCCGUCGGCGAGACGCCCCUCGUGGCCGCCCUCAAGGGCGUCACGGCGGAGAUCGCCAAGGUGUCGGACGCGCUCGUCAAGGCGUCCAAGGUCGCCGUCGUCAUCAUCGCGAGCGACGGCGAGCCCUCCGACGGCGACGUGCGCGACGCCCUCUUCGAGCUCCAGAAGCUGCCCGUGGCCGUCCGCGUGCGGCUCUGCACGAACUCGGCGGACGUGCUCGGGUUCUGGAACAAGGUCGACAAGACGUCCGCGGGCGGCCUCGACAUCCUCGACGACGUCCACAACGAGGCCAAGGAGGUGGCCAAGGGCAACAACUGGCUCACCUACUCCCUCGUGCUGCACCACGUCCGCGAGUUCGGCUGCACGAAGAAGGUGCUCGACCUCCUCGACGAGCGGAGCCUCCAGCCCGCGGAGAUCCGCGAGUUCAUCGUGCUCCUCUUCGGGUCCCACCUCAACGCGACGCUGCCGGACCCGGGCGCGGACAUGAUGGGCUUCAUCAAGGCCACGACGGACCUCCUCGCCGCGGAGCCGCCCAUCUGGAACCUGACGCAGAAGAAAAAAACGGCCUGGAUCGACCUCAAGCGCGGCCGCCGCGGCUCCGCGUCCUGCGCCCUCUCCUAG